GCCGCCGCGUUCGCACACAGGCACCGGGCGCUCCGUGCCUCUGGCUGCCGCCGGCGCCCGCUGCUCCCGGAGAAACUUUGCGGGGCUCGGGCCGCGGGGCGGCACCGGGGGGGGGGGCAGCGUCGAGCGCGGCAUCCCGCGACGCCUGCCCGGCUGCAGGCUGCAGAGCCCCCCGCCAGUUGCCGGGAGGGAAGGAGGGAGGGGGGGGGAGAAAAAGAUUUAAGAAAGGAAAUUUUUGUAUUAUUAUUUUUUAGGGAGAUUCGAAAGGGAGUUUAGGAGAAGGGGGUAACAUUUAUAAGGGAAAAAAAAAAAGUUUGUUAGAAUUUAGAGAGGGAAAAAAAAAAAAGUUUAGGAAGAAAAAUAUAGAGGGAGCGAAGUCUUUUUUCCGAAAGCAAAAUAAUCGAGGGAGAGGAGGAGGAAAAAAAAAAAACAACCGACCUACGCGCAGACGGACGCGAGGAGGAAUCGCGGUGAGAACAAAACUGCGGGGAAGUUUUGCGCGGCGGGAGCGACAUGCCGCAACUGGGCAGCGGCGGAGGGGACGACCUGGGGGCCACCGACGAGAUGCUGGCCUUCAAGGACGAGGGCGAGCAGGAGGAGAAGAUCCCCGAGAACGCCUUCACCGAGCGCGAUCUGGCCGAUCUCAAGUCCUCGCUGGUGAACGAGUCCGAGGGUAGCGGCAGUCCCGCCGCCGCCGCGGACCCUGAGGCCAUCCGCCGCGUGCAGGAUCCGCAGAGGGUUUAUCAGGAGAAGCUCCCGGACCACAUGGAGGAUGCAGGUAUGAAGCACCAGGACCCAGGGAUGUAUAAAGGAUCUGCGUACUCUGGCUACCCCUUCCUCAUGCUCUCAGACCCCUAUCUGCCAAACGGAUCUAUGUCACCUCUGUCCAACAAAGUUCCUGUCGUGCAGCCAUCCCAUGGAGUGCACCCGCUCACGCCGCUCAUCCCCUACAGCAACGACCACUUCAGCCACGGUUCCCACUCACCCCAUCUGCCCGCUGACAUCAGCCAGAAGCAAGCAGUGCAUCGGCCUUCCCAGACCUCCGACAUCCCCGGCUUCUACCCGCUCCCUCCGGCUGGGGUCGGCCAGAUCACGCCCUCCAUGGGAUGGCAGAGCCAGUCUGUCUAUCCGCUCCCGUCAUGUGGAUUUAGACAGCCGUAUUCGUCAGCGCUUUCUGCUGGGGCUUCUUUCUCCAGGUUCACUCACCCGCUGAUGCUGGGCUCCAGCAUGCACACCACUGGCAUCCCACACCCCGCCAUCGUGCCCCACUCUGGCAAGCAGGAGAUGGAGCACUACGACCGCAACAUGAAACCUCAGCCAGAACCAAAGAGAGAGAAGGAAGCCAAGAAGCCCACUAUCAAGAAGCCCCUGAAUGCUUUCAUGUUGUAUAUGAAAGAGAUGCGGGCGAAGGUCAUCGCUGAAUGCACGCUGAAGGAGAGCGCGGCCAUCAACCAGAUCCUGGGAAGGAGGUGGCACGCGCUGUCCCGGGAGGAGCAGGCCAAGUACUACGAGCUGGCACGCAAGGAACGGCAGCUUCACAUGCAGCUCUACCCCGGCUGGUCCGCGCGGGACAACUACGGGAAAAAGAAGAGGCGGACACGGGAGAAGCAGCAGGACUCCAACUCAGAUCCUGCCUCUCCUAAGAAAUGCAGAGCUCGCUUUGGCCUCAACCAACAAACGGACUGGUGCGGCCCGUGCAGGUGUGUAUCACAUCUCCACCUCGCGGGGUUCUCCUGGGCUGCGGGUCUGGCCCUGCUUUCUGCUCCUCCGCACACCAGGGAUGCUCCUGCAGGGCCCUGUCUGAGCACCCUGGUGGCUGUUGUCCCUGAGCUGCCGUGGGCAAUGUCCGUGUGAUGCCGAUGAGCAUCUCUGGUGUCAAAAGCUUCUUUGCAGGUCUGCCUCUGUGACCGUGGUGUGGGGCUUUCCACCCAUUUACAAACACCCCUUAAGGGCUAGUUGUGAGUAGUGAAGGUCUUUGCUAAUUCUCCUGAGGUUUUUCCUAUUUAUUCUAGAGGUAACCAUGUAUGUUGAGAUGCAACUUGUUGGUUUGCAGCACCCAGCAUGGAGUGGGAAAACCCCAAGCAAGGAGCUGGUUUGUAAACGUUCCACACCUUGGGUUUCUAGGGCAUGACCCCAGAAUCAGUGUGCUUAUUGCAGCUUGAAGCGGGGGAAAUCAUUCAGUCCACCCAAAUCGGAAUCCUGGAGCAAAUCCCCAGCAGUGUGGGGUCAUUGGGUCCCUCAUGGCUGAUGUGGGCUGAGUGAGGACUGUGCCUCCCAGACCCAGCAGAUCACAGAGCCCCACGUAUGAGCAAGGAGGUUUAGCUUAGGAAUCCUUAGGUUUAGGUUUCCCGUCCCUGCAAACAAGCCCAGGUCAGGCUGAGGUUCUCUGAGCACUGACAGAGCUGUGGGUUUCCCUGCUUAUUGUGGGGAGGGGACCGGAUAGCCUUAAAAGUCCCUUCCAACCCAGACAGUUCCAGUUCUGUGACUUCAUUUGAACUCUCCUCAUUCAGCUUUGGCGCUAACCCUCUGCAUUGCUUCCAGUUAACACAGCCUGCUGAGUUUGUAGACCUUAGCAUGCUUUUUUAUUUAACUUUUGCCUUUCAAAUGCUACUCAGUCACAUCUUUUCUGCAAUUGCUUGUACUAACGGGCUGCUGCCAGUUCAAGGGCUUCUGUCCUCCCUGCAGUGGUCGCAAACACCUGUAGAGAGCAGCUCCCACCUGAGGUUCCCACUCCACAGGACAACAAUAACUGGUGAAAAAUGGGUGUUGCAGGUUGGAGAUUUCACCCUUUCACCAGGACAACUACAGCAGGGUGCUGUAGUUCCUAAAGGACAGGGAUACAUCCUUUUAGCUGUAUAGGAGCCAUGCAGGCUGUAGUAUCAAAUCUGCUGCUUCUCCAUCAUUUUAAAUCAAAUUGAAUCAACGAAUCGAUGAAUCAACUGAUAGGUUUCUGUCAUCCUACAAGGAGGUCAUGGAGAGCCUCCGUCCUGCAGCUGCUCCUGAAUUGCCUGUAGGAAGCCCGGCUCAUCCUGGGGCUUGGCUGCUCUGGGAGCUGCAGCCCAUGAAGCAUUCCGUGUGCCUUUCAGCAGCGCUGUCGUGUUUCAUACCGUGUUAAUUGGGUCACCCCAGCUAACGAUGCCACUGACAGCAGUAAUGCCAUUUCUCUUGUUCGCAGCCAGUGCAAAGUCGUGUUUAAUACUGGGCUACUUAAUGCAUAUUCCAUCAGUGUGUAGUUUUUCAUUAGUGAGAUCAAAGAGAGGUGUGUGCCUGAUCAGCCAGCUCUCCAUUUGAUCCGUUUUCCUCAGCUGAGGCAGCCGAGGCAGGGAGCUGAGCAGAAGGAAGGGGUUUUUUGCCUGUUGUAGCUGUGCUGUUGUUACCAGUGCCUCGAGCAGGGGAUUGCUCCCUCACCACUGCUAGGUGACAUCCUCAGAGCUCUGUGCUUUGGAACUUCCCUGAGCCGCUGCAGAGGAUGCAGAGCAGCUGAUGUGAGGGGCGCUGGGAGUCACUGCCCCCGACUGGGCGCUUCUGGAGGAAACCCCGGGCAGCAGAACCCUGCCUGCAGGGCUGUGCCAGAGCUUCCUCUCCCACGUGUGCGGGUGGCAUUUUGUGCUUGUGUCUCAGCUUCUGAAGGGGCAGAUCACAGCAAGCACGUCAGCCCACAGAAGCCAUGGAUGGCCUUCUGGAUGGGUGGAGGUCAGAGGCUUUUGCUGCAAAGAAAAGCAGCCGAGCAGACAACGUACUGCACACAAGGCUAGGGCCGGGGUAGGAAAUGUGCUGCAGGUAGAAACGCUCAGAAGAGUUCGGGUCCUUCGGGUCGACGUGCUUCUCCUUAGGAAGACAGCUAACAGACGGUGCGGAGCGCAGCGUGGCGGCACGGCGUGACCGGGCACCGCUCCACGGCCGCGUCCCGCAACGCGGCAGCCGGCGCAGCCAACGGCGGGAUGGCGGCACGGCCGGAGCGCUGCUGCCGCCGCCGUUAUGGCGCCCCCUCGCGGGCGCCGCCGGUUCACACGCACAGGCGGCCGAUCUCCGCGCUGCGGCUCCGCGCCGUUCCGCUCCCCGCCCCCCCGCGCUCUGCUCGGCGUUUUGUGUGUGACCGUAAACUCACCCU